GGUAAUUCUGCUGAAAAGAAGUCUAAUUUUUUUUACACAAUGUUACGUGUACGUCACAGUUUAGACGUGGGUGGUAGUAAAUAUGGGUGUGAUCAGUAUAGCUUACAGUCGGAGUUAAUAUGUGAAUGGUAGUAGAGUGUGGGUGUGCUCAGUAUAGCUUAACGUUGGAGUGAAGCACUUUGUGAAUUCAAGGAAAAUGGCGAUCUUUCGUCUGCUGUCUGUUUUGUCUCUAUAUGUGGUAUCGCUUGCUAUGAGCGCCUCGUCAACUUGCUGCCCUUCGUGUAGUUUGCGCUCAGUCGACCCUCUCAAUCCCGACCAAAUCGCGCAGAUAGAAAGCAACCGGGCGUUUAUCAGAGAGAUCGAAGACAAUCCGAUGCUGCUCCACAACCAGUCCUACCAACGCUCGGUAGUCAAUCUGACCCAGAACCAGCAGAUUCAGAUCCUGAGGAACAUCCCACAGUUGUUCCUGAGCGCGAGGGAAUUUGAGGAAUCCCUGCUGACGCGAGGAACGAUCACGGUACCAGGGGAGGGCACCGUGCCGGCGCGUCGGAGGAGAGCGACGGCUGGAAAGCGAGUCUGUCAGCCGGUUAUGCGGUACCAGCCCUUGAUACUCGCUCUCAGAGCAGACAGGCGAGACUUGGUCGAGUACAUACAGAUGCCGGGCCAGGAUAAGAAUCAGUGGAUUCUGGAGGAGUCAUGUGACGACUCGGCAAGCUCACCACCUGCUCCAUUAGCCUGCGCCGUGGUAGAAAGAGAUGUAACUGGUGUCUUUGUCACUCUCUCCGAUCCUUACAUAUUCGACCACGCCUACGUAGUCGUACAGAGCUGCGUCACUGUUUUUCAGUAAAAAAAAAAA